GAACGCGCCAUUUUGGAAGGUUGUGCUGCGCUUUAGCGGCAACUAGUGUUUGUUUUUGUGCUGGAAUACGCGAGUCGACUUUAUCUGCAGACCCCAAGCGAAGUGAGUUCUUGACGUUUGCUGUACUUACGUUUAUUAAAAUGAGUUACGGCAGGCUUCCGCCCGACAUAGAGGGCAUGACUUCGUUAAAAGUGGAUAACUUAACGUAUCGCACGUCUCCGGAGACACUGCGGCGCGUCUUUGAAAAGUACGGCAGAGUUGGCGACGUUUAUAUUCCCAGAGAUCGAUACACAAAAGAGAGCCGGGGGUUCGCCUUCGUGCGCUUUCACGACAAGAGGGACGCCGAGGAUGCAAUGGACGCGAUGGAUGGAGCGAUUCUGGACGGGCGAGAGCUGCGGGUUCAGAUGGCCCGCUAUGGCAGACCGCCCGACUCCUACUACGGCGGCCGCCGCGGCGGAGGAACCGCUAGAAGACACAGCGGACACAGCCGCCGCAGCCGGAGUCCGAGGCGUCGUAGACGCAGCCGUUCCAGAAGCAGAAGCCGCUCUCGUUCCCGUUACAGCAGGUCACGUUCACGCUCCUAUUCCCACUCUCGCUCCAAGUCAUACACUCCUCGCAAGAAGAAAUCCAAGUCUCCUUCCAGGUCUAGGUCUAGGUCUAGGUCACGUUCACGAUCCAAAUCCAGGUCCCGGUCUAGAAGCCGCACACCUGCGUCGAACAGAGACUCCAAGUCCAGGUCGAGGUCUAAAAGCCAACCAAAGUCUGCUGGGGAAGAAGGAUCUGCUUCCUAAAACUCUUUAUUGGUAAGGAUACACGACACCUAACCGUGCUAAAAUUCACUGGAAUACUGUGCAGGAAUUUAGGAAUACAGACGCAUCGCAUUGGUUAAAAAUUGACUUGCACAGCAGGUUUUGGUUCUGCUUUAACAAUGCUGUUGAACUCAAUGUGGAAUUGUUUCCUCCAAGCUGCUGAAUCCAGUAUGGCAAUGUAAAAGCAGGGCUGUGUGGUGCAGUUUGAGCUGGUAGAGGUGUAUGUGAUCCAGCUACCUGCUCCUGUUGGGGUUGCUUUGAAGCAGAUGGGUGUUUUGGUGGUGCUGAGGUACGUGUACGAGACAACGGACAGACGUCGUCCUGCCUUAGAAAAAGUAAUAAACACAAAAUUGCUGCCAGCUGCUUAAUUAAAGCUGGAAAUGUAUAUAAACAUCAUAAUUGCAUUAAGGUAUGAGUAAUUUUAUAUCAUAGACAUAGUAUAAAAGUACUCUACUGUGCUUUUUAUUAUGUAUUUAUUUAUUUUGAUACACUAAAUAUAUAUAUAUAUAUCAGACAUUUACAUAAAUUUUAUCAUUAAAAUAUAAUUCUAUAAAAAAUAAAUUAAAAAAAUACACUAUCAUCACUCUUUGGAUGCAAAAUGGUUUAGCAUUAUGUAACACUAGUUAAAAACUAAAGUAUUAAAAACAAACUAUAAAACAUUAUAAGAUCAAUAUGAUAAUUCUGAUUGGAUGAGACACACAUGAAGCUAUUGUAAAAUGACCAUUAUAAGCACAUGUGCGUGGACGUCUUACUGCCCAGCCCUAGACGAUACUGUCCGAAAUCUCUUGCAUAGUCAUUUUAGUGUGAUGCUGUUAACAUAUGUGACCUUAAGUCGCUGGGGUAUAUUUGUAGCAAUAGCCAAAAAUACAUUGUAUGGGUCAAAAUUAUUAAUUUUUCUUUUAUGCCAAAAAUUAUUAGGAAAUUAAGUAAAGAUCAUGUUCCAUGAAGAUAUUUUGUAAAAUUCCUACUGUAAAUAUAUCAAAACUUAAUUUUUGAUUAGCAAUAUGCAUUGCUAAGAACUUUAUUUGGACAACUUUAAAGGUGAUUUUCUCAGUAUUUUAAUUUUUUUGCACCCUCAGAUUCCAGAUUUUAAAAUAGUUGUAUCUCUGCCCAAUAUUGUCCUAUCAUAACAAAGCAUACAUCAAUGGAAAGCUUUUUUUUUUUAAAUGUAUUUAUUCAGCUUUCAGAUGAUGUAAAAAUCUGUUUUGAAAAACUGACCCUUAUGACUGGCUUUGUGAUCCAGGGUCACAUAUUACAUGCGUCACCUUUUUUUUUUUUUUUUUAAGUUAUUUGUCUGUAUCAUCAUGAUUCCCAGUGACUCUGUACUCUGUGUAAUUGUUCCCCUUCUUUCCUAUCUUUCAUUUCCAUAUUUUCAGAUGUCUCAUCACAUGUCUGACCACAGUUGUGUGUUCUCUCAGGUCUGUCUCAUCCUGGGGCGAUUCUCCAUGUGUGACCUCGGUUGCAGCCUGAGGAACCUCGUCUUGAAACCCCUGAAACCUACACAAUGGCUACAUGGGUCUAAAGGUCAUUAUGACAGAUUGGCAUAUUCCAGCUUCCAUAGUUGUUCUUUAUACAUUGUUCCUAUUUUCAGUGAGUUUUUUAAAAAAAAAAGUCUAUGUCCUUUUUAAUUCGUUGAGUAGGACGAGCAUCACAAUUCUAUUGGCCUUUUAAGGUAAAGCUGUUUUGGUGAUGGUUCAGAGCGUGCCAGCUGCACCUCGAUUGUGUAACUUUUGUUAAACGCUAUAUAGAAAUUCAUUUAGAUGUGGCUUUUUUUGUAAAAAAAAAAAAAAAAAAAAAAAAAGAAGAAGAGAAAAAACUUAAAUCUGCAAAUGCUUUAAGUUUAUUAUUCUGCUUUGCAUUUGGAAAGUAUGAAUAGCUUGUGUUCUGAUUGCUGUAUAUUACAGUCCUGAUGUUAAACCAGUUUAUUUGUCCCUUUGUGUGGGAUAUUUGGAUUCUAACCCAAUGUCUUGUGUAUUUUUUGUGCACUAGGCGCAGUUGUCUAGCUGUUGAGUUUUGCUGGUUAGCUGUUAAGAUCCGGUGUUGCAGUGCUGAGUGCUUGGCUGCUUCGGGUUUUCUUCAGAUUGCAGCUGUUGCAGGUGUGGCCAAGAUCAAGCAGCAUCUGCAAAUAAGUUUUUGGUGGCAUAAAUGCUGUCGUCUGAUGAAGUUCUUUAAUUUUGUUCCACAAUU